GAUCUGGCUCUGUCAGUAACACAUGGGGAAGAGCGAGGCACAGAGCCGCGGAGGGCGCCAGCGAGAGGGGCCUCCUCGCGCGUCCUGCCGCCGCCAGCACCUCCGCAGCUCCGCCGCCGUCACCGCAGCCUCUCCGGCUUCCCCGUCCUCCGGCUUCCCCGUGCCUCGGACUUGUUUGCAGGUUGCAGCCUCGGGAAGCCCGCGUGGGUGGAGGCUCCGGCGACAAAGUGCGGCCGCAUCAACCAAACUUAAGCCAACGAUUGCAGCAGCAGCCCCGCGCCUUUGCAGCCCGGGCGGUAGCAGCGACUGAGCUCUGCAGCUCCCCUCGAGGGGAAGCGGCGGCAGGGGGAGGAAGGACUGAGCCAGACGCUCCCUGGCCUCCAUCCGAGCCGGGCUGCUUUCUUCUUUCUGGGGGUUGAAGGUUCCGCCGUCGCCCAGCGAGCGUGUUGGGUUGGCUGCCCUUUUUGUUGUUGCAAUUCGUUGAGAGGAAGACGCCUUGUAAGAAAGCCUCCUGGUCGCUCUCCAGACCUACAGCCACGUUAGGCACGGCCUCUUGCACCGUGGAGGGGAAACAGACCAUGGUGAACCCCGGCAGCAGCUCACAGCCUCCCCCAGUCUCCAGUGGCUCCCUCUCGUGGAAAAGAUGUGCAGGCUGCGGGGGGAAGAUUGCCGAUCGUUUCUUGCUCUAUGCCAUGGAUGGCUAUUGGCAUAGCCGGUGCCUGAAAUGCUCCUGUUGUCAGGCUCAGCUGGGAGAAAUUGGUACAUCCUGCUACACAAAGAGUGGCAUGAUCCUGUGCAGAAACGACUACAUCAGGAAUCAAGAUGAAGGACCUAACUGUGUAAACUGCAUCUAUGACCGUGAUGACUUUCAGGCAUCAGUAAUUGUAUGUCCCAGCCUACUGACAGACAUGUGGGAUGCUACCAAAUUCAGCAGCCUUCUGCAGUUUAUGUCAGGAGUGGGAGAUGUGUAUCAUCUUAAGUGUUUUACGUGCUCCACCUGCCGGAACCGCCUGGUCCCUGGAGACAGGUUUCACUACAUCAAUGGCAGUUUAUUCUGUGAACAUGAUAGACCUACAGCUCUCAUCAAUGGCCAUUUGAAUUCACUUCAGAGCAAUCCACUACUGCCAGACCAGAAGGUCUGCUAAAAGGUCAGAGUACUGCAGAAUGCGUGCCUUCAUCUCAAACUUUGUUCAUCACAGAUGGAUCCCAUGUCUCCAGUAGACAAGUCACCUUUGUAGCUAGCAUCAAUGCCAGCUUCAUGCCAUUGCACCUUCUUUACUCUUGGUUGCCCUUCCCACAUUUAUUGGUGUAUUAAAAUGACUGAAAGCGAACAUUAAUGACUCCAUGAAUCUGGGCUAAUGGGAGACUGUAGAGAAAAUGGAGAAAGAAAAAAAGACUCCACCGGAGGAUGGCAACUUUGGGUGGGGAGGGGGUGGGGAAAAUGACUAAUGAAGCUAAUUAAAAUAAGCCUUCAAGUCUGCUUUCUACCCUCAUUAACAAUUAGCAGGGCACUAGCCGGAAUUUGUACCCUGUGUUUUACCUUAACAACAUUCUCUUUGCUCUUUGUAUAUUUAAGUGUUGUAAGGAAAUGUGUUUCAAAACUCAAAACAUGAGCUAAAAGGAAAGAUGGGGCUCUUGUGAUAUUCUAUCACAAAUGACUUUUAUUGUAUCUCUGUAAAAUACAAUGUAUGUAUGCAUGUAAGUGUUUUUUUGUCCUAAUGUUGCUACUUCCCAUGGCAAAAAAGAAAAAGGAAAAAAAAGCUCAUAGCAGCUACUGUGUAGAAAUUUUCACCUAUUCCUAAUUUGCUGAAUGAAGAAAAAAAAUCUUUUAUUUGUGAUACUUUCAGAGACAUUUGCUCUAGUAUGGUGUAUUUAAAUAAUAAAAACUUAAAAUGAAAA